CAAAAAAGAGAGCAAUAAAUGAUAAGAAAACUAACCCUUGUCCUCUAUCUCCUCUUCAUGCUACGGUUGGUCUCCCUCAACGCUUGUGGGCUCCGCACCGCAAUCAAAAUAACUGGUGUGUUAGCAGGAGGAAAAGGGAAAAUAAUGUGUCUACAGGAGACCAGGUGGGAUGAAAAGAUCGUGAGGGAAGUUCAAAAGCAGUGGAGAGGGAAGAUUUUCACAUGCAAUGUGACAAAUUCAGUGCGGGGAGUGGCGGUGUUAGUGCCAGAAGAAUUUGGAGAAAAAUCAAAAAUGAUAGGGAAAGAUACAGAAGGGAGACUAAUCAUAGUAGAAAUAGAAUACAAAGGUGAAGUUUAUAGAAUAAUAAAUGUGCACUGUCCAAACUGUAGGCUUCCACAUCAGCCAAAAGACCUAAAUCUACCGUUGGCCCAGUUAACAGAGGCGGAGGCCCAGUUGAAGGUAGUAUGGACACAGGUAGCAAAGGUGGAGACCCAGCUGGCUGAGGGGGAGGCCCAGCUAUUGGAGGUGAAGGUCCAGGUAGCAGUGGUGAGGACCCAGGUAGCAAUGGUGAAGGCCCAGGUAGCAGUGGUGGAGGCCCAGGUAGCAGUGGUGGAGGCCAAGAAAACAGAUAGGAAAAUUUUCAUAGAAUCACUAGGCAAAUGGUGUGUGAAUGCGGAAAAAUAUGUGAUAAUAGGUGAUUUUAAUGUGUGCUUGUCAAAACUGGACAAGGCAAAAGAAAACACCUAUAAAGAAGACAGUAGUAGAACAAAAUUAUUUGAAUUAAUGAACCAAAACAACCUAAUAGACAUAUGGAGGAACUUAAACCCUCUGAAAAAAAUAUAUUCAAGAAAACAAGUUGUUCAAGGGGAGUUAAAACAAUCACGGAUUGAUAUCUGCCUCACCUCAGAGAAAAUAGUGCCUAUGGUCCAAAAGGUCUACUACAAGGAAAAUGCCUGGUCAGAUCACUCCUCUAUGGAGUUAGAGCUGGAUCUACCAGGGACAGCGAGAAAUGGUGGCUCCUGGUGCCUAAAUAACAGCUUGCUAGAAGAUGAGGUCUUUAUUUUAAAAAAACAAGGAGAUUCUUACAAAUGAUAACUGAGAAAAUGAUCUUCACAGAAAAUAUAUUAACAUGGUGGGAGGGAGUAAAAGAGAGAAUUAAGAAAAGGUGCAUAAACUAUAGUAAACAGAAAAGGUGGGAGGAAAACAAGUGUGAAUAUGAGAUAAGGGAAAAAAUAAAAAACGAAUUAGAAAAAAUAAGUGUAAAUCCAACAUUAGACCUAACAGAAUAUCUCUGCUUAAAAAAAGAAUUGGAAACGAUUGAGAUUGCAAAAUGCAAGGGAGCAAUAAUAAGGAGCAAAGCAAAGCAUGUAACUGAGGGAGAAAAAUGUACAGCCUAUUUCUUAGGUUUGGAAAAAAGAAGACAGGAAAAAUGCUUCAUAAAAGAAUUAAUAAAUGAAAAAGGGAGCAGAACAGAUAAAACGGAGGACAUUUUGGAAAGCGUAGAACUUUUCUACAAGGAACUGUUCUCCAGUGAGGGAGUGGAGGAGGGGGCUCUCGAAGCAGCACUCGGGGUCCUGGAUGCUCGACUACCUCCCGAGGACGCUGAGUGGUGCGACUCCCCCCUGGCUUUAGGGGAGGUGGAGGAGGCCAUUGGUGGUCUCGGGAAGAACAAGAGAAGAACAUCACGG